AUGCUAUGUGUUAAAUCUUGCGGCGAUUCACAUGUCUGUUCACCACUUCGCCAUGCCGUCUGGGUCACUUCUGGCGGGAAAUCCUCGAUGGCUGCUUCUGGCGCUGGUGUCCUUGGCGGGAAAUUCCCUCUAUUCAAAAGAAUCACUUACAGGUGUCCGAACUCGUGCCACCACGAUUUCGGGAUCUCCGAAUCAGACUACAGAACGGAGGGCCAACGGAUGCGGCACCACCGUCGAGGUCGAAGCCGUGGCCACACCAACAGGUCUUCGGACGCGACGUCGCUCGUGGAUCUGGGGAGUGACGUCACCAGCAGCGCCUCGGGGGAUCGGCAGCCUCGCAGAAUCAUUUUUAUAAAGGAAAUUGCCUCUGUGGCAACGUUCUCUCCUCAAGAUUGGCUAGACAAGCUCCCAGCAACAAGCUUGAUCUUAGAAUCAUAUGUUAAACAACUGAGGGUCAUCCCAUGCUCAUGCCAGGAUCAGCCCUGGUAUAAUUCCAAGCCCAUCGCCAAGUCGGCGGCAACUAAUCAUCGGGAGCAGGAGCUGUCUGCCAUGAAGGCGGUCAUGACCACGGCCUUGCGCGAGUUCCGAAAAGCCCGGCUUGCAACGUUCGCCGAAACGUUAGGAAAUCCAGCCGGUAGCUUGGAGUUCUUACAAGGCACCCGUCCGCGCCCUAUAUAUAAAGGUCAUUUGGCAUUGCUCUUUGCACUUCAUCUCGGGCUUUCGAUCUGUUUAGGCCUCGGUUGUGUCCAGGAAAUGAGUCUCCGAAAAAGUAAGGCUCAGGUCUUUGGUUCUCUGCAAGUCUGCUCCUCGCCGUCGCGCUCCUCGCCGUGGCCGCCGGGCGCCGCCUCCCAGCCUACAAGGGCGCGCCCCCAGCCGCCUCAGCUCGCGCCGGGACAGACCUUCUCCUUCCAGUCCAGCUCGGCGGCGGCCAGUUCCGCCUCGUCCUCGAGCCACGACUCCUCCUCGAGCAGUUUCUCCUCCUCGGCCUCGGGAAUCAACUUCAACAACGAGGCCUCCAGCUCCGCCUCGGCGGCAGCAAGCAGCUCCUCCUCCUCGUCGCUCUCCGGGUCCGUCACCGGUGCCAGCUCUGUCGCCGGGGACUCACUAGGAUCUUCCACGGGCGAUCAAGGCACUGGCUCUGCUGCUGGGACACUCGCAUCCUCAGGUGGCAUUCACUCAGGCACUCUGGGAUCCUCAACUGGCUUCCUCUCUGGCACCCAGGGAUCCUCAACUGGCUCUCAGGGUUCCUCAACUGGCUUCCUCUCUGGCACCCAGGGAUCCUCAACGGGCUUCCUCUCUGGCACCCAGGGAUCCUCAAUUGACUCUCAGGGAUCCUCAACUGGCUUCCUCUCUGGCACCCAGGGAUCCUCAACGGGCUUCCUCUCUGGCACCCAGGGAUCCUCAGCUGGCUCUCAGGGUUCCUCAACUGGCAUCCUGUCUGGCUCCCAGGGAUCCUCAACUGGCUCUCAGGGAUCUUCAACUGGCUUCCUCUCUGGCACCCAGGGAUCCUCAACUGGCUCUCAGGGAUCCUCAACUGGCUUCCUCUCUGGCACCCAGGGAUCCUCAACUGGCUUCCUCUCUGGCACCCAGGGAUCCUCAACGGGCUUCCUCUCUGGCACCCAGGGAUCCUCAACUGGCUUCCUCUCUGGCACCCAGGGAUCCUCAACUGGCUCUCAGGGAUCCUCAACUGGCUUCCUCUCUGGCACCCAGGGAUCCUCAACUGGCUCUCAGGGAUCCUCAACUGGCUCUCAGGGAUCCUCAACUGGCUUCCUCUCUGGCACCCAGGGAUCCUCAACUGGCUUUCACUCUGGCACCCAGGGAUCCUCAACUGGCUCUCAGGGAUCCUCAACUGGCUUCCUCUCUGGCACCCAGGGAUCCUCAACUGGCUCUCAGGGAUCCUCAACUGGCUUCCUCUCUGGCACCCAGGGAUCCUCAACUGGCUUCCACUCUGGCACCCAGGGAUCCUCAACUGGCUUCCUCUCUGGCACCCAGGGAUCCUCAACUGGCUCUCAGGGAUUCUCAACUGGCUUCCUCUCUGGCUCUCAAGGAUCCUCAACUGGCUUCCACUCAGGUUCUCUGGAAUCCUCUUCUGGUAGUCAAGGUUCCUCGUUUGGCAUCCAUUCUGGUACUCAGGGUUCCUCGACUGGCUUCCAAGCUGGUUCUCAAGGAUCUACAACUAGCUUCCUUUCUGGCGCCCAGGGGUCCUCAACUGGCACUCAAGGAUCAACUGGGUUCCUCUCUAGCUCUCACGGAUCCUCCAGUGGCACUCAGGGAUCUUCCACUGGCACUCAGGGAGGCUCCGUUGAAUUCGGUUCUUCCGAAUUUCCCUCAGGAUCUCCCGCUUCCGUCACCGGUUCUCGAGGAUCCUCAUCCGGGGACCAGUUCGGCGAUCGCCUGGCCUCAUCCGGUUCUGGCGUCAAGGGAUCGCCCUCCGUCUUCCAGGGGAGCUUCAAGGGACGCGGGUCGGACGCGGCCAUUUCCCAAAGCUAUGGCCUCCCGCACUAGACGCUCCAUGUCAUUUUCAGUAAUUCUAACUUAUAUUGUAUUUGUCACAUAAUUGUUGGCAUUAUGGUGAUAAGAAUAUGAUAUAUUUAUUAUGAAGAAAACAGAUGUUUCAUUAUUACUGAUUCCUUACUUACCUUAUAAAAUCAUGUUGUUCAGACGCCAAUGAAAAAUGCAAUUUCAUUGCCUGGUGAAUGCAUCAAUUUUGUGUAUUUGAUUGAAAUAAGAGUUGGUCCUUAAAUAUAAUCCUCAUGCCUAGGAUUCAUAUAUCAUCAUUUGGAUGCUAGUGAAAAGCUUUACGAUUUCACUGCCUGAUGAGUGCAUCUACAUUUCAUAUUUGAUUAAAACUGAUAUUUUGC